AUGGUCGAGUACAGGUACAGGUACAGGUACUUCUACCGCGUGGAGGAUGAAUAUUCGCAGGCAGUGACAACCAAUUUCGAGGGGAUAUCGGCCACGGGGAGAACCAGCAUCAACCUCAGUGCCACGUACGGGGAUCAAGCAGACGUGCUCCGAUGGAAUCUCCAAAAUCACCUGAACUGGAGAAGCAACUACGAGUCGCCAUUUAUUUCGGUCUACGAUGACGAAGACGUCGCCUUCUCCAUUGCAGAGGGGCGCAAGGAGAAACUGGGGCGACAGCACGUUACCGUCACCAAGAUUGAUGUUUCCAAGGUUCAUGGUCAGAUCGAGUUCCGCGAGCUGCGACCUCUUGCCGAGCGUUUGGGUGUAUGGAUCCCGGAUAAGGCGUACCACAACUCGGAGCGUGAAUGGAUCUUCCUGCACGAUAUCCCGGACGAGGCCGUGGUGGGAGUGGUGGACAUUUAA